UUUAUAUAAUCUAUAUUCUACACUUGUUGCGUGUUGUCAAUAUCUGUAGCAAGUACCCCAUCCCCCGUUUAUAAAUUCAAUCAAUACUUUCCCACUUUGCUCCAGGCUUCGACUGGCGGCUGGGAUUCUUUCGUUCCUGUUGUCUCCUGGGGUACUACAAAGUAUUUAAUUCUCUGUUUUAAUUGCAUUGAAUUGCUGCCAAAAUGUGUAGCAAACUUGCAAGAAUUACCGAGCUCUUCAUAAGAACUGUCGUCAAUUCGAAGCGCUUCGAUCGAAACCUUCGCAAUAUUAAGUUGGUGUCAUGCGGCGAUGGAGUUGUGAUAUCGGAGCUCCAAGUGGGUUCUGAACAUCUGAACGAGAGCGGAACCCUGCAUGGAGGGUUCAUUGCUCAUAUGGUUGACACGCUGUCAACCUUUGCCCUGCUGGCCAGCGAUCAAGCAGUUGGGCGUGGACUGUCCGUUGAUCUCAGUGUUAGUUACCUGUCUACGGUUUCGGAAGGCGACAAGUUGGAGAUAGAGUCUGUUACCAAGAAGGUGGGGAACAAGGUGGCUUUCCUCGAGGUGCAGAUCCGCAACAAGGAUAACGACGAGCUAGUCGCUACAGGAAUCACCUGGCCGGACGAUCGCCCCGAGAAUCCUGUGGGAGCUGAAGGUGCCCGCGAGCGCUGGAAGUACAGCAGCGCUGCAAUGGCGGCGUCUGGCGCACUUGCUAAUCGCGUGGCUCGCGCCAACCGCCUUCUGGGCAGAGCUGCUACCCAGAUGCGCGCACAGCACGGAGAUCUGUCAGAUAGCGAGUAAGCCGACGGAUCAACGUUCGUAGACAACAUGUAGUUGAUUGUAAAUUUCAUUCAAUUGAAAUUCACUUCGUAGUGUAGAC